CACGUGGGCAUGCCCGGUCGCCACGCCGAAUAAGGGGCGCGUAGCUGGGGAAGGAGAUAGGGACCCGGUAGCAAGAGUCUGGGAUUCUCGCCCGGCCCAGCCGCUGGUUCGUUCCGUUGUGUGACUUGGGUGGACUGCCUUCCUCCAGUCGCCUCAUCUGUACAGUGGCUGCCUCUAUUCCUGUGUCUCACAUCCGGGCAAGCGGAGGAGAAAAUCUGGUGCUUCUUCCUUCGGCACCAAUGGGAGAUUCAAGCCAGGGCAUGUUCUCUGCUGCAUCCUCAGCUGCACCGGGAGGCAGGAUCCUCUGGGUUUGAUAAGAGAAAAAAGGAGAGCGGGGACCCAGAACCUCCUCCCGACUUCCGCCCCCUCAUUCUGGCCUUGCGAUCCUCUGCACUAAGCGGGUCCUGACCUAUUUGCCAGACUCGCUGUUUCUCCCUCCUCUUCUCAAACCACCCCCGCGUCCUGCUCCAGCUUCUGGGUUUCACAACUCCUCCACUAUCGGGGAGCCGCCCUUCUUUUGCUUGACACCCCCCCUAACUAGCCAGGACCAGCAAAACAAGAUCCCAUCCCUUCUUUGCUGGGUUCCGGCGCUUCCGCCUCCGGGGCGAAGACUCCUCCCCCUCCCGUCCCAAUUGUAUUCCCUGGAAGAGCAGCCGGAAGAGCCUCCGCCGCCAGAAGCUGGUACUUCCCUGCAGCCCCGUGCACGCCCCAGACUUGCCGCGGCAUCCUGGGCCCCGCUCCCAGUCGGGGCGGGCGGCGCGGGCUCCGGCGAGACUUCAGCACCGCGGACAGCGCCCCGGCCGCGGCCCUCCCGCCCUCGGCGCGCUCCCGCGGGUCUGGGUGAGGCGGCGAGCGAUGCCCACAGCAUGGCCUGGUGCUCCGAGCCCAUGGCGCUGCUCCUCGCUUUCGGCCUCCUCUGGCUGUGCUCAGGAGUCCGGGGUACGGACACAGAGGAGCGGCUGGUGGAGCAUCUCUUGGAUCCUUCCCGCUACAACAAGCUGAUCCGCCCAGCUACCAAUGGCUCUGAGCUGGUGACAGUGCAGCUCAUGGUGUCACUGGCCCAGCUCAUCAGUGUGCACGAGCGGGAGCAGAUCAUGACCACCAAUGUCUGGCUGACCCAGGAAUGGGAGGAUUAUCGCCUUACUUGGAAGCCUGAGGAGUUCGACAACAUGAAGAAAGUUCGACUCCCUUCCAAACACAUUUGGCUCCCAGAUGUGGUCCUGUACAACAAUGCGGACGGCAUGUAUGAGGUGUCCUUCUACUCCAAUGCCGUGGUCUCCUACGACGGCAGCAUCUUCUGGCUGCCGCCCGCCAUCUACAAGAGUGCCUGCAAGAUCGAAGUGAAGCACUUCCCCUUCGACCAGCAGAACUGCACCAUGAAGUUCCGCUCCUGGACCUACGACCGCACGGAGAUCGACCUGGUGCUCAAGAGCGACGUGGCCAGCCUGGACGACUUCACCCCCAGCGGCGAGUGGGACAUCGUGGCGCUGCCAGGCCGGCGCAACGAGAACCCCGACGACUCGACUUACGUGGACAUCACCUACGACUUCAUCAUCCGCCGCAAGCCGCUCUUCUACACCAUCAACAUCAUCGUCCCCUGCGUGCUCAUCACCUCGCUGGCCAUCCUGGUCUUCUACCUGCCGUCCGACUGCGGCGAGAAGAUGACCCUGUGCAUCUCCGUGCUGCUGGCGCUCACCGUCUUCCUGCUGCUCAUCUCCAAGAUCGUGCCGCCCACCUCCCUGGACGUGCCCCUGGUGGGCAAGUACCUCAUGUUCACCAUGGUGCUCGUCACCUUCUCCAUCGUCACCAGCGUGUGCGUGCUCAACGUGCACCACCGCUCGCCCACCACGCACACCAUGGCGCCCUGGGUCAAGGCCCUGUUCCUGGAGAGGCUGCCCCCGCUGCUCUUCAUGCAUCCUUGGGCAUCGUUUGUCCCCGUCCAGGUGAGCGAGGACUGGAAGUACGUCGCCAUGGUGAUCGACCGCCUGUUCCUUUGGAUCUUUGUCUUCGUCUGUGUCUUUGGCACCAUCGGGAUGUUCCUGCAGCCUCUCUUCCAGAACUACACCACCGCCACCUUCCUCCACGCAGACCACUCGGCUCCCAGCUCCAAGUGAGCCUCCCUCACCCCGCUCCACGGCCCUGCACCCCUCUGCCCUCUGUUGUACAAUCGUUUUGGGUGGAAGAGGAUGAGCUACCAAGAAGAGGGGCGCUGCCCACAAAGAUCUAUCCUUCCACGUCACCUGGAGCCCCUCCCCCCACCCACAGCCAGCUCCACCUGGCAGCUGGGCCAGCCGCUCUCCUCCUCCUGCACCAAUAGUGUUGCUGGUUGAGGAUGAGGCUGAGAAAAGGAGGGUGGAGAUAUCGGCGACUUCCAGCCUGACGAAAGUGUGAAGGGGAAGGGGCCGAGAAGGGGCCAGAAUCUUCCACUGCCUUCCAGUCACGGGAAAGGGUGAGAGGGACAGGGGCUCCAGCUCUGCUGGGCCAGCCCAACACAAUGGCAGCUCAGAAGGGAGGAGCGAAAGGAGAGAGGCCUGGGUGUGACCGGAUGCUUGCCUCAGCCCCAGUGAACGGCAGCUGGGCGGGGUGGGCCUCACAAGGGACACAGGUUCCUGCCCAGAGGGUUCGUCUGCUGCUGUGGUCAGACGCCUGGAGGGAGCUUCCAGCCCAGUCCCACCGCCCCAGCUCCCCUUGUCCCGGUGAGGAAUUCUCCCCCUCCCCUGGACUUUCCUUCCUUUCUUGCUCGGCCAGGGUGUGAAGGGCAAGGCUGGGAGCCUCUGAGUUUUGAGUCUUUGGUGACCUGCUUGGAGCCUGAGGUCCGAGGACACACACUUUGGGGGAAGGGCAAGUUCACAGGCUGUUUUUUACCCCCAGUUGAACUGACUGGCUGUUGGAAGUAAAUGAAGGAUGUUAGCCGUAAGCAGAGCCAGCCUUUUCAUUUUUUUAAAUAUGUUUUUUUAUUGAUUUUAGAGAGAAGGGAGAGGGACA